UACGGUUUAGUAACAAACGGUUUGCCGCGAAGUGUGUGCACGCAUAGUAGAAAAAGUGUAGAAUUGUGAGUGCGUUUAUUAUAGUGCUUGAAUUUGCAACGGUAGCGAAUCAUUUAAGCGUAUAAAAAGUGAGAAGAAAUUUCAAUAAGUAUUAGUGUGUUUUCGGCAGUAAGCAAGUUUGUAUUAAUAUACAAAGAUUAAAAUAACAAAUAUACAUAAUAAAUAAUUAUAUGAAAUAGUGCAAUUUGUAAACCAAAACAUAUUUUAGCGUUAACAAAUGCCAUACAGCUGCUCAGGAAAUUAAUUUCAAACAGACUUUUGCAAACAGUUCGCCAAGGUCUAACUCUCCUACAACUUUUAUAAAUGAUAAGGAUCUACGUCAGCAAUUUUGACUAACAAUAAAAAGUUCGUCGUAACAGCAGUGAGCCGCUUAAUAAGAAGUAACAAACAACCAACAGGCAAUUUAGAAUUCUACAAAGCGCUUUGCAACGUAGUAUGUUGCAUGCAUUAAAAGCAGUCGGAUUAAAGAAAGAAAUCACCCUUAAAAUGUACACUCAAUUGGCCAAUAAAGGACCACGUCCAUUAGUGCUAUGCGGCCCAUCUGGCUCCGGCAAAAGUACUUUGCUUAAGCGACUCUUCGAGGAGUAUCCGAAAACCUUUGGUUUCAGCGUUUCACAUACGACACGCACACCACGUGCCGGUGAGCAACACGGCAAAGAUUAUUAUUUUACUGAAAAGGAUGUGAUGCGCGAGAAGAUAGCGAAUGAUGAAUUCAUAGAAACCGCUACUUUUAGUGGUAAUAUGUACGGCACAAGCAAGGCCGCGGUGCGUGAGAUCCAGAGUAGCGGCAAAGUGUGUGUCUUGGAUAUCGAACCGCAGGGUGUGGAGCAAAUUAAGAAAACCGAUUUGAAUCCCAUACUGGUGUUUAAUAAUCCACCAACCAUCAAAGAUUUGGAAUUGCGUUUGCGCAAGCGUCAAAGCGAAACCGAGGAGACGCUGCAGAAGCGGCUUGCCGCUGCCGAGACAGAGAUAGCUUAUGGUUUGAAACCUGGAAACUUCCACAAGAUCAUACAUAAUGUCGAAAUUGAUGAGGCUUAUGCAGAGUUCAAGGAAUUUAUUUUGAGUGAGCUGAAGCAGCAAGAAGCCCAAGGCGUCCAAAUAUGUUGGGAGUGAACUCUGAAAUGCAACCAAAUUUUCACUAAAUAAAAUAAAAUUUAAUUGUUACUUGAAUUAUUGGAAAAAAAAAACUUUUCGAAACACAUACAUACCUCUCAAUGUUGUAGAAGUUCGUUAAUAAAUGCUUAUAAAUAUA